AUGGGAAGAGGUCGUGCUCCUUGCUGUGAUAAAACCAAGGUGAAGAAGGGACCAUGGAGCCCUGCAGAGGAUUUGAGGCUUAUGAGUUUUAUUCAGAAGCAUGGACAUAGCAAUUGGCGCUCGCUCCCUAAACAAGCCGGACUAUUGCGAUGUGGAAAGAGUUGUCGUUUGAGGUGGAUCAAUUACCUACGACCUGACGUAAAACGUGGAAACUUCACACCUGAGGAAGAGGAAACCGUAAUCAAACUGCACAACUCUUUUGGAAACAAGUGGUCAAAGAUUGCUUCUCAUUUGCCUGGAAGAACUGAUAAUGAGAUUAAAAAUGUGUGGAAUACACACUUAAAGAAAAGAUUGACUAGGAAAACUGAAGCCGGUGACUCUCCAAUGGACUAUUCUGAUUCUCAAUAUAGUUCAUCGAGUUCAAUUUCGUCAAAUGAAGACCAAAACAUGGAAAUGAUAGAUCAAACGGUUCAAGAAUCUCAUGCCAAAAAACCUACUGAGAAACCCAAGUUUCUAAAAGUAAUAUCUAGACAUCCAAGCGAUGAACCGAAAGAAACUGCAAGUUCUGGUUCUCCAACAUCUUCUUAUGCAUCAAAUUUCUCUAAUGUUGCAAGGCUGGAGGAGACGAAGGGGUCGACUGCUUCAGAGGAAAAAAUCGAAAUCCCUUUUGAGUCAGAUAUCGACUUUUGGAAUUUGUUGGAUGCGUUGGAUCCUUUUCAGACCACGAACACCGAACAAAAUGAAUGUGAAAAUUCAAAGGUUUUAAAUGAUGUGGAAAAACUAGACAGUGAAGAUGAAUGCAGGGAGUGGUUAAGAAACUUGGAGAAUGAACUUGGACUAACUGGAGGAAAUGGUAGUGACAAUCUGCCAAAUACAGAGUAUACAACGAGUUUACACCAGGAGAUGAAUUAUGAGCCAGAAAUUGAACCUGGAAUGGAUUAUUUUCCAAUAUGGCCUUCUUCACCUCAAAAUUUUUGCAUCUAG